CACGUGUAUUAUACGUUUAUAUGUGGUGGGGGGCGUUGAUUCAAGGUUACUCGUUGAAUUUUGUAACGUUAUUUCGAAACCUAAAUUCCACCAUAGGUUGAUUUCACAUAUAAUCAACGUUUAUGAUCAAGCUGGUUACUGAAUCCACUAACAUGAAACGUUGUUAUUUUAGUGCACCCUCAACGUGUAUUCAAUAGGAAUAGGGCAUGGUGAAGACCGACGGGACUUGUAAAGGGACCACAUACCAAGAAAAUGGGCAAACAUGGCAGGACGUCGUUAUAACUGCAUCAGUGAAGAUAAGGGUCUCUGAUUAUGAAGCUAGGGUGAAAAUAGAUAAGAACGAGAUAAGUCUUUUGGGGGGCGUUACGUGCCCAUAUUUGAAGGGAUACUGUUUUGACACUACCUUAGGUGAAGUAACCUGGGAAAACGAACCAUUGGCUACUUGUGAAGAGGCGCUGAGCUUGCUCUACCACGGUCAAGCUGAUCUAGUUUCCAAUCGGGUCACCAGCGAACAGAUUCUGGUCAUAGAAGAUAGUACAAAAGUAUUUGCUGUAACAUUAAUCAAAAAGGUGGUAACAAGUCAGAUAGAGAUUUGGCAAACAGAACAUCCUAGAAUUUUGGUUUGGCAAGAGGCCCGAAGAGAUCGAAUCCGACCCAAAAUGAACAUCCUACCUCACAACGCUGACUUGAUGGCAUACGUAAAUAGCAAAUUUUUAUACGUGGAACAGGCGUACACUAGAAAAUUGGACCAACUAUACACGGACACAGUCUACAGGCGGUGUCUUUUGCAACGAGAGAUACUGAGAAAACGAUUACUCAUGGCCCCUUCGGUACCGAACACGUUGAGUCAACUAGUGAAAGAACAUGGAGGAUACGUAGGAAGAGUGUUAGGUGAAGUACUGUAUAUUAUGCGGUGCGUCCCUCGCACAGUAAUAGUGAGACGAGCUGAGAAAUGCUAUAACGAAUUGCCUAUUUUGGUCAACAAUCAGUCAAAAUUCAUGGCGCCCGUCACCAGAAUUAUACAGACAUAUGCUGAAGAAGUGGAUUGCAAUGGCCUUAUGCCCCCCCUUCACAAAAUAGACGACCAAUGGAUGGGAUUAAGCCCCUACCCGACUAUAAAGCGUUUCGCGAAAAAACCCAGGGUGUUCGGAAGAAAAAAGUUGACUUCGUAGUUGUACUUGAACUGUGAUUAGGCGGAACAAUAAUAAGAUGUGGUUGUAACUGUAAUAUAAAGGUUAUUCCAGAAGCGAAGGGUUAGGCUUAGGGAACAACGAUACGAGAGGAUGGCAGGAAGCGUAGCAACCAGGGGACUAAGCGGAAAGUGUGCGCGAAAGUGAAAUAGCAAUUCCGUAAAGUGAAAGGACUCCAUGCUGGAGAUAGUGGGGUAUUUUGGAAAAGUGCUAGAAGGGAUGAAAAGACUGCUUGAUUAAAUAAUUGUAGCGCAGCAUUUUUGUUUUUGUUUGUUUCAUUUUUUUGAGGGUACCUCAGCUCUUUUAAUUUUGUUAACACAGCUAAGAGGUACCGGAAGAGUUCUGAAUUUUGCUUAUAUUUUGUGCGAAGAACAUACCACCUCAGUCGUUUAGAACAGUAGUAGGUUAAGUAAUAGGGAAGGAACUAUGAAUUGCGAGAUGAAUUCUUUUAUGCAACAUAAUCUUGUGAAUGUUAGUCUUAGGGUAGUGUAAGAUGAUGGACUUUGGACGGAUAUAUGAUAAUUAGGAAAAGUUGUGGCAUCCAAUGCCAAAACUUUUUAAAAGGGGGGUGUAUUGUAAUAAAUCGGAAUAAGAAAUUCUAAUUAAUUUGGAAUAAUUUAAACGAGGUAUCACUGGAACCUUCAUACAUUGUUGCAGCCGUGCGGCAGAGGCGAUUUUUAGUUGGAAAUACGAUACUUUGAGGCGCUUGAGAUCAGACGGUAUUAAGUCGUGGGAAUUUAAAUAAUAACCAGUUCAAUAAGAGUUGAAAGAGUUAGUGUUGCUCAGUCAGAAAAUCGGCAGAUAUUUGAUACCCUACGUUUUCAGAGAGCAACCGGCGAUCGGCGGCCUAUGUAAUUGAUUCCAACAUCCGGUGAUAGGGACUUCGGAACAAGUGAAAAUGGUUAGUUAUGUAGAUUAAGAAAGAUUUAUCAGUUUGGAGACCCCGAGAGGAAAACAGUUCUCAGAAUGCCGAAAUUUUCUUGUAACCGCCGAGCCUGGGAACGCUGAUUUUUCAACUCAGCAAGAAUGAUCGUCCAAUGAAUUCGAUUUUGGGACGUUUUGGUACCACCCAUAGGGUGGGAGAGAAAGACUGAGGAAAAAGUACCUCGGAAAAAGUUAGUCAGUCUCAGUCGGUCCGGGGACGUGAUCUGUAAAAUAUCGAAAGAUAUACCCCUUCGAGUCGGUACGGAAUAGUAGAGAAGUUAUAAGUCUUUUGUAGAGUCAGUCAGUAUGGAAAGAGUAUAGAGAAGUAUAGAAUAAUUAGGUUGGCACGAAGUAAGAGAAAAACUAGAGGUAGAUCACGGAAUAGAAUCGGAGACUAGGUCGGCUCAUAAAUUUAGAAAAGUUGCGUAUAAAGAAAAGUCCAGUCCUUUGUUUUUGUUGAUUUUGUUCAAGUAGAAACGGAACAUCAGGAAUUCUGGAAUUAGGUAGAGAACGGAAAUAAUUUGGAACUGAAGUCAGUUUAUCGGUAAUCAGUAAAGUAGUAUUCGAGGAGUGAUCGUUGAUUUUUGAUUUGUAGUAAAACCACAUAUCGAAUUGUGUUGAGAUUUUGGAUAGGGAAACUCAAAGCGAAAAACGUUUGCGACGGAAAAGUGCGGGAAGUUCGGUUAAGUGUAGAGAAUUCGCCGAUUGGUGCGGGUAAAGUCUGGUGUCGAAAAGUUUUCAUCGGCAGCAUCAUACAAAUAGCAGUCGCAGAAAAAAGAGAAAGUUCCAAUUCUUUUAUUCGUCCAGAGUCUUGAAAGCCCCUCUAAAAAAUUCAUUGAUUAAGUAUUGAUUAAUAUUGCGAGCUAAAUUGGGAAGUUGAAUUUUAACCCAAG